AACAGUACAUACACAGAAAGCCCAGCCAGAGGAGCGAAGUUGUGAGCUGCAUUUACUUUAACUUUAUAGCGAAGUUAGCUGUUCAACUUCUGAGUGUGAACAACACUAUCAGGCGUAGUAACCUGUAGCCAGAUGAAACGCUGAGCCACUGCAGUGCCAGAUGCCCAAAGUAACCUGAAAGAUGUCAUCACCGCAUCCCAAGGGAGCAGAGAUUUCUUCAGGCAACAUUGUUUCAGAGACUGACAGUGCUGCCAAAUCACAUAAAUCAGAUAUGAAGAGGAGGAGGGAGACUCGACAAAGCCCAUUCAAAGUGCCAGACAGUAAAAGCAUUUUCCUGCUGAGUGUAAAUGAAAGAGGAGAGCGAAAAGAGGAGAUGUGUAAAUUCCUGUCUUUACCAAUUGAUGAGAAGACGACCCACGCUGCUCAAAUGAUAGCCAAGCUGGGGAAAGAGCUGGAAGAACAAGUGGAGGAGGAAGAAGAGGAGGUGGAAGAAAAGGAGAAGAUGAAGAAUCAAAAACAAAUCAAGACUAAGACAGUUCUCCCUAAACAAACACCCAGCAGACAUCAGCUGAAGAUGGCCAUGAUGAAACGAGAAAACAUUACAAAAGAAAGCAAACAUGAUUUAAUCUCCAUGGAACGGCAGAAGGCGGUGUUGGAGUUAUCUCUGAUGACGAAGAGGUCUGAGAUUUUGAGGAUGGACAAAGCCAUUGCAAAAGAGGAGGCACAGCUGAGGCAGCUUGAAAAGAUUAUUGAGAGAGACAACCUCAAAUUUGAAGAGUUCCUCAGGGAGAACGAGAAGAAAUCUGUGGAGGCCAGAACAUUUUUUGAACAGGAGGCCAAGAUCAAACAAGAGAAGAAUGCAGAGAUCAAGAAACUGACUGCUAAAAUAGGGACCAUACAAAGUGAAAUUGCCAAAUUUGAAGAAAUCCUAAUAGACUACAAGAGAUACAAGGAGCUUCUGUUCCAGCUGUCUCCUCCAGAGUGGCAGGAGGCCCAGAAGACCAAGGCUUUGAAAGCUAAAGUCCUGCCUGGCGGAGACGCUGGGGACAAGCAGAAUGGGGAGCUCGAGGAGUCAGCUGUUAAGAACGGUUUGGAGAGCAAAGAUUCCAGUCCAGGUCGAGAGCUGCCUUCCAUGAAAGAGACCAGACCUCCCUCAGCCCACAGCGACACACAGAUCACAACCUCUAAACUGGAUAGCGACAGCUCAGAAUAUGAGGAUGAGCCGGAGCUGUACUUCACUGAUCCCCAGCAGCUACUGGAUCUGGUGACAGAGCUGACAGACCACAACUUGUCCCUUAUUCAGAACUCUACAAGGGUGGAAGAGACACUGGAAGAGCUUCGAGAGUCCAUGGAGACAACCAGGAAGAAGAUUGAAAAGGAUGAAGAGCAGCUAACACUGCAGAUAGCCGACAUGAACCAGAGAAUCGACAUAGAGAAGGCAAGAGGCGCCAAGCUCAGACAGAAGGUUCAGCUCCAUGUUUCACUGAACACAGAAGACCAGGAUGUUAUGUUGGAUGCUCUGGGUGAGAAGGUGGUAGAGGUCCAUCGCUGCUGCGUGGAUGACAGGAUUACCAACCUCAGCACCUUGGAGAAACUGGCCAAUAUUGAGAAUCGCAUGUCUUUACUGCUGCAGGGCCUCGAGAGCAUCCCUGAAGAGAACUUAGAGAUAAUGAAGAAGAUCAAGGACAGUGAGAGGAGGAGCAGGCAGCGUGAGGAAAAGCUGAGAGAGCAGAGAGAGAAACAGAAGGAGAGGAUGAGGAGGUACUUGGAGAGAUCUCUGGCUGACUCCAAGAAAAUAACAGGGAGAAAGCUCAUGCCCAGAUGCAAACCUGUUGCCCAGAAAGUCAGAGUCAGGAAUGUGGACGACACCUCUGCUGAAGAUGAGAUGCAUGCCUACCUCUUCAGCUCUGAGGAUUUAGAGUAAAAAUAAGACAAUUAUGUUAACAAAAAAGAAUAAAUCCACAUUAGCUGAAAUGUUAACACAAUGAUUGCAUGAUAGUAUGAUGUGCGAUAGCAUACGUGUAUUACUUUAUUUAAUUGGAUAUGGAUAGUAGCAUUAGAGUUGUGACAAACAUUUAUGCACAAGGAACAGAUGCACUGUUUUAAUUGCUUUUAGGAAUGAAAGCAAUUUUUCACCUGUCCAGGAGGCUUGUUAAAAACAGAAGUACAUCCAUAAAUACAUACACAAAAAUACAUACACUUUUAGGCUACAUACAAAAAAUACUGGUAUGUCUACAGAGGUAGGCUAUUAGGUUUGAAAACAAGAUUGUUUCUCUUUGAGCCAUGAUUAAAUCCCUCUAUUGAAAACAUUGGAAAUGUGUAGCAUUGUUAAUUCAGUUAGACAGUUCCAUAGUUUUGCCCCUUCAAAUGGGCAGUUCACCCUAAAGUCAAAAAUACAUAUUUGCCUCUUACCUCUUAUUUAUCACUCUAGAUUGUUUUGGAGUGAGUUGCCAAGUGUUUGAGGUACCAGCUGUAGAGAUGUCACACUUACAAAGGUUUUCAGUUACAAAUCAAAUGUUUGUUUGCACAUUUUAAUGUAUUCAUACAAAAUGUUUUCUCACAUUCAUAUAAUGUAUGGUGAUACACAGCUACAAUACUUCAACUUAUUUUGUUUCAGCAGAAGUGGUUCAUUAAAGGAGGGCUCAAAUGAUUUCAAUAAAUGUUCUGUAUGUAACUUUUUAUCAUUAAUAAUGUUUUGUUUUGUUUUGUUUUUUUUGCCAAUGUAAAAAAAAAAAACACACUGUAACCCAUCUUUCUCGGUGGCCUACAACAGCCUGUGGACUCGCCUCUCUGCAGGGCUCUGGACUGCGACCAAAAUGGUCGCAUAUGCAACCAUUUUUUGUGAGUGCGCAAGUUAAAAUUUCAUGUGGUCGCACUCCGGCAAGUGCAUGAUGCAGUCUGAAGUCUCUAAGGUGACAAACAGACUGACAGCGAGCUCAUAACUGGGUCUCACGUGGGUGAAAUGCACAUCAGCAGGUCCACCAUACAUUCAUCAGGUGUAUGAAAUAUCAGUAUCAUUACUGCUUUGCAUUUUUAUAAACAAUGAUUAUCUGCUCAUCCAGCUUGUCACGUAUGUCAUGAUGUGUGUUUUAUACACAGAGCUGACAAAAUAGUAGUGGGAGGACCCGUACAGUAUGUAUCUGACAGACCAAUUGGAUCUAAGAUUGUUGAGUCUGCAUAUUAUGGGAUGUUUCAGGCAACAAGGUUAAGCGGCGAGUAAAAUAUAGCAGCCACAUGCUCGUCACACAGUAAUGUCUCACACAGUAUUAUUUUGUGUAAAGAAAACACUAAAGUUACAUCCAGUAACAGACAGCUGAACGUUACCAGUGAAAACACUGUGUGUUUUUGCAACUCAAGUGUAGAG